UUCGAAAUCUCCAAAUUACAUUAAAAAUUCAAUCUUUCUAGCUUCGUACUCAUGAGUUUAAAGCUUGUAAUCCAUGUGGCAGUGGCACUGUGAAUUCUUAAGUAUCGUCAAUUGGUUGCUUUCCACAAUCAUUUUUAAGCUGACAUGAUUCUGCGAACAUUAUGUAGCACUUCAUUGCAGAUUAUCUGGUUAUUGUAGAUAGUAAUGUUACAGAGUCUCAUAAGUGCUCUUGUUAUGUGCUUGUCAGGCAAAGUGCUGAAUAUACCUUAGGAGCUAAAUGUCGGAUGAUCCUGGACAGAUGUUGCUCAUCUAUGAUGAUCCUUCAGAUCAGCGAUCCCUGUCUUUGGACGAUGCUAGUAGUACUGAGGAAUCUCCAGACGAGACCACUCUCUCUUUAGAAGCAGUUCACAAUGCCAUUCCAUAUCUCGGACAAAUAUUUCUCACACAUGAUGCUGCUUACGAGUUCUAUAGUACAUUUGCAAAGCGUUGCGGGUUCUCCAUACGCCGUCACAGGACAGAAGGAAAAGACGGAGUUGGCAAAGGACUUACGAGGCGCUACUUUGUUUGUCAUCGUGCUGGUAACACACCUAUCAAAACUCUAAGUGAAGGAAAACCACAGAGAAACAGAAGGUCUUCUCGAUGCGGAUGUCAAGCAUACUUAAGAAUUAGUAAACUUACUGAGUUAGGUUCAACGGAAUGGCGUGUUACGGGUUUUGCUAAUCACCACAAUCAUGAGCUCCUAGAACCAAAUCAAGUUCGUUUUCUUCCUGCAUACAGGUCCAUAUCAGAUGCAGAUAAAAGUCGGAUUUUGAUGUUUUCCAAGACUGGAAUUUCAGUUCAGCAGAUGAUGAGGCUCUUGGAGCUUGAGAAGUGUGUUGAGCCAGGAUUUUUACCAUUCACCGAAAAGGAUGUCAGGAAUUUGCUUCAGUCAUUCAAGAAACUUGAUCCUGAGGAUGAGAACAUUGAUUUCCUGAGGAUGUGCCAAAGCAUAAAGGAGAAAGACCCUAACUUUAAGUUCGAGUUUACCUUGGAUGCAAAUGCUUCUUCCAUUCAGUCAUAUGAAAUCUUUGGAGAUGCUGUAGUUUUCGAUACAACACAUCGCUUAAGUGCAGUCGAGAUGCCACUUGGAAUAUGGGUUGGAGUUAAUAACUAUGGUGUGCCUUGCUUCUUCGGUUGUGUGCUUCUACGGGAUGAAAAUUUGAGAUCGUGGUCAUGGGCACUACAGGCAUUCACAGGGUUCAUGAAUGGGAAGGCACCUCAAACGAUAUUAACAGACCAUAAUAUGUGUCUCAAAGAAGCCAUAGCUGGAGAGAUGCCAGCCACUAAGCAUGCACUCUGCAUAUGGAUGGUUGUUGGAAAGUUUCCAUCCUGGUUUAAUGCCGGUCUUGGGGAGCGGUACAACGACUGGAAAGCUGAAUUCUAUCGCCUCUACCAUCUGGAAUCCGUUGAGGAGUUCGAGUUGGGUUGGAGAGACAUGGUGAACUCUUUUGGACUACACACAAACAGACACAUAAAUAACUUGUAUGCCUCACGUUCCUUGUGGUCUUUACCAUACCUGAGAAGCCAUUUUCUAGCUGGAAUGACUUUGACUGGCCGAUCCAAAGCCAUUAACGCCUUUAUUCAGAGGUUCUUGAGCGCACAAACCCGGCUAGCUCACUUUGUAGAACAAGUGGCUGUUGCUGUGGAUUUCAAAGACCAAGCCACAGAACAGCAAACAAUGCAGCAGAAUCUCCAAAACAUCAGCCUAAAAACGGGGGCCCCCAUGGAAUCUCACGCAGCCUCGGUCCUCACUCCAUUUGCAUUCUCCAAGCUCCAAGAACAGCUUGUGCUUGCAGCUCACUACGCAUCAUUCCAGAUGGAUGACGGGUAUCUCGUGAGACACCACACAAAACUAGAUGGAGGAAGAAAAGUCUAUUGGGUUCCUCAAGAAGGCAUCAUAAGCUGCAGCUGCCAACUGUUUGAGUUCUCUGGGUUUCUCUGCAGGCACGCACUCCGUGUUCUCUCUACAGGAAACUGUUUUCAGGUCCCAGAUAGGUAUCUUCCUCUUAGGUGGCGCAGGAUCAGUACGUCGUUUAGCAAGACGUUCAGAAGUAACGCAGAGGAUCAUGGAGAGAGAGUUCAGCUUCUGCAGAAUCUGGUUUCGACUCUGGUCUCGGAAUCGGCUAAAUCGAAGGAGAGGCUAGAUAUUGCAACGGAGCAAACCUCCAUCCUCUUAUCCCGUAUCAGAGAGCAGCCUGUCUCUUCACUUGCUCUCCGAGACAUUUCUUCUUCUGUGCAGAGGAAUUUUUGAUACCGCAAUGUUAUGCGUGUCUAACUAUUUUUAGAUAAGAUAAUUACUUUAUUAACCUAAUCUUACAAGAUUGAAACUCUUAUCUUAAAUUAUGCAGUGUUAGAAAAAACAAUUUUAUAUUCGUUGACAAAAAAGAGAAAGAUAAGUCAACCUUAAA